AAAAGAAUGAAAGUAAAUAACAUAAAAACAGAAGCUUAAUAUGGAAGAGCUAAUUAUUAUUAUUCAGAUGGAACAGGUAGAUAUGAUUGAAUAUAAAAUAACUUUAGGUCGUGAUACCUACAUAUAAUUUGAUAAUGGAGGAUUGACUAUGCAUGCAUAAAGAUGUCAUUAACCACAAAUAGGAAGUUUUCAACCUAAACGCAAUGGUCCAAUUUUUAGACCUUAAUCAAGCAAUAAAACUUUACAUUAUGUUAGUGAUGGAAGUGGAAGAGAUAAAUAUGUUUUGUAAAUUGUAUUGCAUAUUAAUGUAAAUAGAGAUAAUCAUGGUGGUUUAAUGAAUACAAAUGGAGAUAGACAUUGGUUAGUUUCAUUUAAAUAAGGUUUAAGAACACCUGAAAGAGUAAGGUAGUGAUAGUUUGAAAAAUUAUAGACCUCGUUCUGGUGUAUAGACUCCUGCAUAUUCUUAUUAAUAGAGAAUAUGUAAACGUCUUUCUGUUCCAAAAUAUACUAAGAUUCCAUUUUUAAAACAAUUAAAAAGUGAAGAGAUGAUAUGAAU